AUGUCACCGACACCAACUUACAUAGAAAAUAUUAGUACCGGAGAUAGUGAUAACAAGAAGAAAGCUUUUCCGUAUGAGAUUGUACAAGUCUGUGAUAAAACAAAUCAAGAGUUACUAAAUUUUUUUAAAGGGGAGAAAGACAGAUUUUUACAAAUAGGUCCAAAGAAAUGGCUUUUUCCAAGUGGAUAUGAAGCUGAAGCAGCAAAUUAUUACAACUUUUCAAUUAGAUCGGAUGAUGUGUUUGUAGUUACCUUUCCUCGUUCAGGUACAACAUUAACACAAGAAAUGGUAUGGCUUUUGGCAAACAACUUGGAUUAUUCAACAGCCGCUAGAAUUCCUUUAAAGCAGCGAUUUCCUUUUUUUGAAUUUAGUUCCUUCGUUCAUAAAAAAAUGAAGGAGCAGUUUCUGCAAGAAAACCAGUCAUAUCCAGAAAGAUGCGCUAUGAUAGAAAAUUUGUGCUAUCCGCGUUGGAAACAAUUAGAGGGUACGAAUGGACGACGUUUUAUUAAAACACAUUUACCACUGAGUUUAUUGCCACCAAAUUUACUUGAUAGUGGUUGCAAGAAUCUUGAUCCAGUUCUUCAAAAGUUAUCAAAGUUUUUGGGAAAAAACUACUCAACAGAAGAGAUGUCCUAUUUAAGCAACCAUCUUAGUAUAGACAACUUCAAGAACAAUAAAUCGGUAAAUAACGAAGAUUUUAAAGAUUUGGGUAUUUUGAAUAGAACUGAAGGAAAUUUUGUUCGAUCGGGGAAAAGUGGAGGAUGGAGAUCUUAUUUUGAUGAUGAAAUCAAUGUUCAAGCCGAUAAAUGGAUUGAAGAAAACUUAAGUUUAUUAAACAUUCAAUUUCCUAAAUAA